GGGGCAGCGCUCAGGGGGCAUGGCGGGUGCGGGACUGCGGGCGGCAGCUCGGCGCUGGCUGCUGUGCGGAGGCCACGGCGGGCCGCGGGCUGCCUCGACCUCACCCUCCUGCCCUGGCUGCGGCCCGCCGGGUCCCGGAGCCCACUGCCCCAGCACCCCGCGCUCGGCGCCCGCAGACAACGCGGACCUCAGCGCGCACUUGUGGGCUCGUUACCAGGACAUGCGGAGGCUGGUGCACGACCUUCUGCCCCCUGAGGUCUGCAGCCUCCUAAACCCAGCAGCCAUCUACGCCAACAACGAGAUCAGCUUGAGUGACGUUGAGGUCUAUGGCUUUGACUACGACUACACACUGGCCCAGUACGCGGAUGCCCUGCACCCCGAGAUCUUCAAUGCUGCCCGGGACAUCCUGAUAGAGCACUACAAGUACCCUGAGGGCAUUCGGAAGUAUGACUAUGAUCCCAGCUUUGCCAUCCGUGGCCUCCACUAUGACAUUCAGAAGAGCCUUCUGAUGAAAAUUGAUGCUUUUCAUUAUGUACAGCUGGGAACGGCCUACAGGGGUCUCCAGCCUGUGCCAGAUGAUGAAGUGAUUGACCUAUACGGUGGCACCCAGCACAUCCCACUCUACCAGAUGAGCGGCUUCUAUGGCAAGGGCCCUUCCAUCAAGCAGUUCAUGGACAUCUUCUCACUACCAGAGAUGGCGCUGCUGUCAUGUGUGGUGGACUACUUUCUGGGCCACGGCCUGGAGUUUGACCAAGUUCACCUCUACAAGGAUGUGACGGAUGCCAUCCGGGAUGUGCAUGUGAAGGGCCUCAUGUACCAGUGGAUUGAGCAAGACAUGGAGAAGUACAUCCUGAGAGGGGAUGAAACGUUUGCAGUCCUGAGCCGCCUGGUGUCCCAUGGGAAACAGCUGUUCCUCAUCACCAACAGUCCUUUUAGCUUUGUGGACAAAGGCAUGCGGCACAUGGUCGGCCCUGAUUGGCGCCAGCUCUUCGAUGUGGUCAUCGUCCAGGCAGACAAGCCCAACUUUUUCACCGACCGGCGCAAGCCUUUUCGGAAGCUCGAUGAGAAGGGUUCCCUCCACUGGGACCGUAUUAGUCGCCUGGAAAAGGGCAAGAUCUACCGGCAGGGAAACCUGUUUGACUUCCUUCGUCUGACAGAGUGGCGAGGGCCACGUGUGCUCUACUUUGGUGACCACCUCUACAGUGACCUGGCGGACCUCAUGCUGCGGCAUGGCUGGCGCACCGGGGCCAUUAUCCCUGAGCUGGAGCGUGAGAUCCGCAUCAUCAACACAGAGCAGUACAUGCACUCAUUGACCUGGCAGCAGGCGCUCACUGGGCUGCUAGAACGCAUGCAGACUUAUCAGGAUGCAGAGUCACGGCAGGUGCUGGCUACUUGGAUGAAGGAGCGGCAAGAACUGAGAUGCAUCACCAAGGCCCUGUUCAAUGCUCAGUUUGGGAGCAUCUUCCGCACCUUCCACAACCCGACCUACUUCUCCAGGCGCCUCGUGCGCUUCUCCGACCUCUACAUGGCCUCCCUCAGCUGUCUGCUCAACUACCGCGUGGACUUCACUUUUUACCCGCGUCGCACACCCCUGCAGCACGAGGCGCCCCUCUGGAUGGACCAGCUCUGCACGGGCUGCAUGAAGACACCUUUUCUCGGUGACAUGGCCCACAUCCGCUGAGGGCGCUUUUAUUGUCCUGGACAGACCAUCCGUUCUUUCAGCCCCAGCCACCCUGACAAGCAGUAAAAGUGGUCUCUGUCUUUC